AAACAUCACAUUAAAACUCUCAAAAUGAAUAAUGGAUAAAGUAUAGGAACUAAAAAAAAAAAACAAAGCAAAAAUUACGGAGGGAAAAGAGAAAAAGAGAGGUGUUCAUAUGCUGUGUGUUCCGGGGUUGUCUCUAUUCUAAAAACAGACUUUCCAAUUGUGUACCUCUCUUUUCAUGUCUUCUUAAUCGGAAAAUCAAUAAUUCUCUUCUACUUUCUUCAUUUUUCCUUUCUCUUGUAAGUCUCUUUUCAUUGAUUCUAUCUUUUGGUGGUGAUCUUCGUUUUAGAGUUUCUCUUGCUUUCCUCCAAUGGAGGAUUUGAAAACAACAGAUGCAGUAUCUCCUCCAGAAGAUUCUAGUGUUAUUAGUAAUGGUCGCAUAAUAGAGCCUGAGUUGCAUCAGCCUCAAGCAAUACCAACAAAACUAGAGAAUAAUGACGAAGAAAAUGGGAAAAUUUAUAUGGAUGACACUUUUUUACCUUCCACUUUAUCAAACUCUCAAGUAGAAGAAACACAAGAUUCUUCUACUACUCCUACUUUUGUUUCUCCCUCUGCUGAGAUUGUUCUGCCUCGCGUAAACACCAAGUAUGAAGCAGAGGGUACAACAAGAAAUGCAGUGUCUCCAAGAUCUCUGUAUUCCCCUAGAAGCAUUGGAUCUCCAAGAGCACUCCUAUCUCCAAGGUUUGCAGGAUCAUCAUCACCAUUGAGCAAUGGAACACCCAGAAGUAUGGAUUCUUUCAGAGACUCUAUUGAUACAGCAUCACCUUUUGAAUCUGUCAAAGAAGCUGUCUCCAAAUUUGGGGGAAUUACUGAUUGGAAAGCACAUAGAAUGAAAGUAUUAGAGCGACGCAAUUUUGUGGAACAAGAGCUCGACAAGAUCCAGGAGGAGAUUCCUGAGUACAAAAAGAAAGCAGAGAUGGUCGAGAUGUCAAAAAUGCUAGCGGUUGAGGAGCUAGAGAGUACAAAGAGACUCAUAGAAGAGUUGAAGCUUAAUCUUGACAAAGCUGAAACAGAAGAAAAACAGGCAAAGCAGGACUCUGAGCUGGCCAAGCUGAGAGUUCAAGAGAUGGAACAAGGAAUUGCUGAUGAAGUGAGUGUUGCAGCUAAAGCACAGCUUGAAGUGGCUCAAGCAAGACAUACAUCUGCAAUUUCAGAACUAGAAUCUGUCAAGGAAGAGCUACAAAAUCUGCAAAAGGAGUAUGAUGAUUUAGUAAAAGAGAAAGAGUUGGCAGUGAAGGAAGCAGAAGAAGCUGUUUUGGCUUCUAAAGAAGUUGAGAGGAAAGUUGAAGAACUCACUAUAGAGUUGAUAGCUACAAAGGAGUCACUAGAAUGUGCGCAUUCUUCUCAUUUGGAGGCGGAAGAACAUAAGAUUGGAGCAGCCAUGUUGCGUGAUCAGGAAACUCACCGGUGGGAGAAGGAACUAAAGCAAGCAGAAGAAGAACUCCAAAGACUUAAGCAACAUAUAGUUUCUACAAAUGAACUACAAGUGAAACUUGAAUUUGCUUCAGCAUUGCUGCUUGAUUUAAAGAAAGAACUGGCUGAUCAUAUGGAAUCAUCCAAGUUAAAGCAGGAAACGGGUGAGUCAGUAACAAACACUGAGAUUUCAUUACAGGAAAAGACUACAGAUAUACAAAAAGCUGUUGCUUCUGCAAAGAAAGAACUCGAAGAAGUGAAUGCAAAUGUGGAGAAAGCAACUUCUGAAGUGAAUUCCUUAAAGGUAGCAUUCUCUUCCUUGAGAUUGGAAAUUGAGAAAGAGAAAUCAGCACUUGACUCACUAAAACAAAGAGAAGGGAUGGCAUCGGUAACGGUUGCUUCUUUAGAAGCUGAGAUCGACAUAACGAGGUGCGAAAUAGCUUUGGUUAAGUCCAAGGAAAAAGAAGCCAGAGAGGAAAUGGUGGAGCUACCAAAGCAACUGCAACAAGCAAGUCAAGAGGCUGAUGAAGCAAAAUCAUUCGCUGAACUUGCUCGUGAAGAGCUGCGAAAGUCUCAAGAAGAAGCAGAGCAAGCAAAGGCUGGAGCAAGUACAAUGGAGAGCAGAUUAUUUGCAGCUCAGAAAGAAAUUGAGGCUAUUAAAGCUUCAGAGAGGCUUGCAUUAGCUGCCAUAAAGGCCUUGCAAGAGAGCGAAUCUAGUUCAAAGGACAACGCUGUUGAUUCUCCAAGAACCGUAACACUGACAAUAGAGGAGUACUAUGAGCUUAGCAAACGUGCUCACGAGGCUGAAGAAGCCGCCAAUGCAAGAGUUGCAGCAGCGGUUUCUGAGAUCGAAGAAGCCAAAGAAACAGAAAACAGAACCUUGGAGAAGUUGGAAGAAGUUAACAAAGAGAUGGUUUCGAGAAAGGAAACACUUGCAGGAGCAAUGGAGAAGGCUGAGAAGGCUAAAGAAGGGAAGUUGGGUGUAGAACAAGAACUGAGAAAAUGGAGGGAAGAAAGUGAAAAAAAGAGAAAGAAUGGUGAUAAUAAUGGAGUGAACAUAGAAAAGAGUCAUGGAAAAAGCAUUCAGGGGUCCAAGGAGAAAGAAGCUGAGACUAAUGAGUCAAACGUAACAGAAACAAAUCCAAUUCCACAGGCAAAUCCUGUAAAGAAAAAGAAGAAACUUUUCCCAAGAUUUUUUAUGUUCUUGAUGAAGAAAAAGUCACAUAAGUGAGUUCGAUAUGAAGAAUUUGAUUGUGUAAAAGUCUAUAAAUGUUAAUCUAUACUAUAAAAGAAGAGCUAAAGCUUC